AUGCUCGCCCGCCGAGCCCUCCAGGGCCUCGCUCGCCCCCUCACUCGUCUCUCGUCCACCUCCACCCCCGCCCCAAAGCCCGAGGCACCGACGUCUCCCGUCACCGCCAACCAGGCGCCGAACUUCCCCUCAACAUGGUCCACUAACCAGCGGCCCCGUGCCCAGGCCAUGACUGGCCCACGGUUCGAGCAGACCGUCCUUGAGCUCCAGCCGACUCCGCUCAGCGCAAUGGAGAUGAUUGACAAGGAGCCCAUCCGUGUGGUCCACGGCCGCAAGGCCGUCUGCGACGGCGGAGGUGGCCCUCUCGGUCACCCCAAGAUCUUCAUCAACCUGGACAAGCCUGGCCCUCGGGCAUGCGGCUACUGUGGUCUCCGGUUCGAGCAGGCACCUCACCAUCACUAA